AUGUUACGGUGGCACAAGGAGAAAACAUCCGUCAACGUUGUCACUAAACCAUCGUUAUUGUUAUCAUUACUUAUACGUAUUCAUAUUCAACGCAUUCAUGAUACACAAUAUAAGCGACUUCGAAAUGUUAAAAAUAUAUUUUCCUAUUUGCCCAUUUGCUUUCUCGGAUUACUAUUAUUCCAAUGUCAUAGUCGAAUCUACAAUGCAUGGAUAGGUCCAUUUCCUAUCAAUCUUGAUCAAUUUGCUACUCAAUUUAAAACUUACACUGGACUUCAAUAUGAUACACGACAUUUUCUUUUUCGUUGGUUUUCAUUUGAUCGUGAAUAUUUUCAAAUUGAACUUGGUGAAGAUAUAAUUGAUCAAGAUAUGGCAAAAGCAUUCCGAAUAUUCCAUGGUCACUAUCCAUCUGAAAAGUUAUUGUAUACAUUUAAUCGUGUAAGAGAAUCAACGAUUGAUCAUUAUCUUCAUAAAUUGUACGUUAAAUUACCAUCAAAUGAACAAUCUCAUAUUCAUAGACGUCUUCCUUAUAAUUUUCGAAUGUUUCAUAUUCGUACAUUACGAUGUAUUGUCCGACAGCUCGAUAUUUUGCCCAUGGAAUAUCUCAAAUGGAACGAAAAAUCCAUUGAAUGGCUUCAUCAACGAUUGAUACAGAUCAAUGAUCAAUAUCGACAUUGUUGCGAACAAGCACAAUUUCGUCAACAACAAGAAACUCUACUCGCUCAACAAGAAGAAUAUCGACGCCAUCUCGAGGUUUUUAUGGAAGAAGAAGCUGAAUAUCAACAUUGUAACUAUGGAUAUAACUUCGACCGAAUAUGGCACCGUAUAGCAUCGGCAUCACCUCGUUUCAUUGCAGAAUUUCGUUUAAAAGAUCCUCAAUUAGUCGCUAUUGAUCAGAUUCAUAUAGAAUGCAGUCUUUGCUAUGAAGAAUUUCGUAUCGGUCAACAUUUUACUCAAUGGCCUUGCGAAGCUAGGCAUACUUUUCAUUUUGAUUGUAUGCUAAAUGCAUUGCGAGCACGAAAUACUUGUCCAAUAUGUCGACAUCCCGUCGAAGCAGCUUAUUUACCUAGUAGAGAGAUUAUACUUCGAAUCAUGGCAACGAGAACAAUACCUCGUUUCUUUAAUUGA